AUGACGAACCAGGCCUUCACGCGAGCGAUGCCGUCAUCGCCCUCCAUGCAGGGGGAGUCUCCAUUUGCUUCGCUGUUGGCGAUGCAACAGGCAAGUGAGCCUCUUGCCCAAGAGAUUCCAGUGGUUGAGGGACAGUCGCCUUCGCAGGCUGCGCACGGCCGUGCCCGGUCCGUGUCGAUCCCAGGCGGCGCGAAUGCGCCCCGUAUUCUGCAGCCUUUUAACAUGGACAGUAUCAGAAUUCUUCUUCUUGAAAAUGUGAGCCAGGGAGCCGUUAAAAUGCUUCGCGAGCAAGGGUUCGAGGUGGACUUUUUCACCGGUGCCUGGUCAGAGGAGGAGCUUGUGAACAAGAUCGGAGACUACCAUGCGAUCGGCAUUCGUUCCAAGACGCGCCUGACAAAGCGCGUGUUUGAUGCGGCACACCAGCUCCUCGUGGUCGGCUGUUUCUGCAUUGGUACGAACCAGGUGGAUCUGGAGGCGGCUACUAAGCGUGGUAUUGCCGUGUUCAACUCGCCCUUUGCCAACUCGCGCUCUGUGGCCGAACUUGUGAUCGGCGAGCUUGUUUGCUUGGCCCGUCAGCUUGCUGAUCGCUCGAUAGAGAUGCGCAACGGAACGUGGAACAAGGUAUCCAAGGGCUGCUACGAGCUGCGUGGCAAGCUGUUGGGCAUUGUGGGUUACGGCCACAUUGGCUCCCAGCUGUCAGUGCUCGCGGAGGCAAUGGGCAUGCACGUUAUCUACCAUGAUGUACUGCCGCUGAUGCCGCUGGGCAGUGCGCGACAGGCUGAAUCGCUGGAGGAGUUGUUGAGCGUGGCGGACUUUGUGAGUCUCCAUGUACCUGAGCUACCUGAGACGCGCGGCAUGAUUGGCGCAAAGGAGCUCGCGCAGAUGAAGCCAGGCUCGUACCUAAUUAACAAUGCUCGUGGUACGGUAGUGGACAUUCCUGCGUUGGUCGAGUCGCUCAAGUCUAAGCAUCUCGCAGGCUGUGCGAUUGAUGUGUACCCGAAGGAGCCGGCCAAAAAUGGUGAGAACGCAUUCAACAACGAUCUGAAUGCAUGGGCGUCGGAACUACAAAAACAAAGCAAUGUAAUCAUGACACCCCACAUUGGUGGCAGUACGGAAGAAGCACAGCGCCUCAUUGGUAUUGAAGUGGGCAAUGCACUGUGCCGUUACAUCAACUUUGGCGGCAGCGUUGGUGCCGUGAAUUUCCCAGAGGUUAACAUUCGGCCCAUCACUGAGCAGGAGACCCGCUCGAUACGUAUUUGCUACGUGCAUCACAACCAACCAGGUGCCCUGCUUGCUGUCAACGAAAUCAUUGGCCGGCACAAUGUCGACAAACAGAGCACUGACUCGCUGAAGGAGAUUGCCUAUCUACUGGCGGACAUUAGCGAUGUGUCCGAGUCUGACAUCCAGGACAUUUACACACGCCUGAGCAAGACUCCUGCCAAUAUCCUGACCCGCCUGCUCUCGUAG